AAUUUGUUAUAGAUAAUAGAGAUAGAAUAAGUAAUAAACAGUUUAUAGUUGACAACAAAGGGACUACGACUUUAUUUUAUUUUCCGAUUUCUUUGAUUUGACAAUGGAGUCAUCAGCCGAGCUGUACAAUAUAUUAGCCGAGCGUUUAAUUGGAGGGGUAGUGUUUGUCUCUAUUUUAAUGGUUAUCGGAUGUGCUGGAAAUAUCGUCGUGCUUCUGGUGUACACGUUCCGCAUGAAAGCGUCCAAUCACAGAAUAUUUAUAGUAUUUCUUGGACUGCUGGAUUUCCUGGCGUCAAGUGUCGCCAUGCCGUUUACCGUGAUUACAUUGCGCCAACCGGAAAUGUUCACAAAGACGCCGACGUGUAAAUUAUACUGGUUUGCCAACUACUUCAUCUGUUCGGCUUCCGGUCUGGCAUUGCUAGUGAUAGCUAUUGAAAGAUACAGAAAAAUAUGCGUUCCCCUAGGUUGGCAGAUGACCCGUCGGACAGCCAUUCUGUCAUGUUUGGUUAUUUUGCUAGUGACCACAGGGACGUCAUGGCCUGUUCUUAUAUUGAUGGGAAAAACCACUGUCCCGGAAUCUACUCCACGGAUCACAGACUCAAUCUGCGCCACAGAGAAUAAAGAAAAUUACGACAUGUACCAAAUAUAUUACCACGCGGUCCUUUCACUUCUGGUUUGUCCUUGUUUUGUGGCACUCGUCGUCUUGUACGGACUUGUGUGGAGAGUUGUACGAAAAUACAAUGCGUCAAAAAAAGAUAAAUAUAAGUUUAUCGUCGCGGACGGAUCGUCGGAAUCAGAUCGUAAGAGUAGCAAGGGAAGCUUAAAUACUAAUAAAUGUAACGAUACAGCUGAUUCGCAGAGUAUGACGUCAUCCUUCAUGAAACAAAACAGUGUGACGUCACAAACAGCCGAAAUCAACGACCGGAAAAAAUUCAAAAGAAUAAAGAAAACAACAAUUGCUUUCCUGCUAAUAACUGUUAUAUUUUUCAUCAGUUAUAUACCAUAUCUGAUAUUAACUAUUCUAAUAUACUCAAAUGCUAUUUCCGUGCUGACGUCAUCAGGUGUGGUGUUUGUAAAUAUCAUACGGUUUACACCGUAUAUAAACAACAUUGCCAAUGUGUUUAUCUACGGAUGUUUUGACGUUCAGUUUCGACGUGAGGUAAAAGCAUUGUAUAACACGUGCUGCAAAAUGCUGAGAUUGUCACAGACGUAAAGUGACGUAAACAGAACUGUUUUACUUAAGUGAUAAGAACAAUUAUAGAAUACAAAUAGAUCUAUAACAUUUGUAUAGUCUAUCACUUGACAGUAAGCCUAUAUUAACGUGACGUGCUGCAUUGUACUGAAUGUAAUACAAAUUAUAGUAACAUGUGUAUAGAACAAGCCAGAGAAAUACAUAAAAAUCUAUUAGUUGUUGUAAAAGAAUCUGUUUCUGUAAGUGUUUAUGUUAUUAGCGUAGACGUCCAUAUUCUAUUAAAUUUACAAGUCAAUGUGCUAUAAAUACGUCCGUCAACUGCUCCAUUUCUGAGAUGGUCAAUUCAAUUGACGUCAAGUGUAAUAAAAUGACGUCACUACCAAGUAAUCACUAAUAUCAAUAGGAUUAAGUAUGGAAAACAAAACAUUACAAAGGGGAACUUCUACAUACAUAUGUAUAUUGCAUUGUAUCAUAGUUUGGGGACCUUUCUGAUGAAAACUGGAGUGCAGGUAUUAGUUAACCGCACUCCAGAGCAUAUGCCCAUUGAUUGGCUCAUUUUUGCUGGGGUUUACUUAUUGUGACGGCAGAGAAAGUGAAAGCGACAGAAAUAUCAUAUUAAGAUGCUCAUUCAUUGGUUACUUUUCUCCGGGGUUUCAUAUUGUGACAACAGGGAACGUGUUUUUAUGUUUAACUAUGAUACAAAAGAGAAAGAACACCAAAACACUUGGCAAUCUGAUUAAUACUCUGGGGCUACGCCCCCUCGUACAAAUCAGAUAGCCUCGUGUUUCGAUGCUCUUUCUAUUACUUAUUUUCCCGUUUUCUGGUGUAAAUAAAUCUUUAUGACGUUAACAAAA